AUGUCUUUUACUUUUGAAAAAUUACUUAACGAGGAUUUAGUGAAGAAAGCUGAAUACUUUGAUACGCAGGAUUUCGUUCGUGUCCAUCAUUCACGUCGUCCGGAUGUUGAUCUCUCGGCAAAGUGGGGCCAUCAGCCCUUUUUCCUGCCAUCCCGACAUGUGGACAGUGUGGAGAAAAUUGAGGGCUUUGAGGUUCGUCAUGAAGAUGUCUACGUUCUGGGUUUCCCUAAAACCGGAACAACAUGGACACAGGAAAUGGUUUAUCAAAUUUGCAAUGAUUUAAUCUUUGAGAGGGAAAAGUGUGCCGAACUCUAUGAAAGAUCUCCAUACCUUGAAUGGGGAUCAAUUUUUAGUUUCAAAAAUAACACGGAAAAUAUGAAAAGUAUCGCAAAAUUGCCCUCUCCGCGCGUUAUUAAAUCACAUCUCGCCGCACCUCUGCUUCCAAAGGGAAUGUGGACGGUCAAGCCUAAAAUUGUCUAUGUUGGAAGGAACAUUAAGGACACGGCAAUUUCCUACUAUCAUCUCUACAGAAACGUUUUUGGCUACAAAAAAACUUUAGAGGACUUUUUGGAAGCUUUCCUUGAAGAUGCUAUUAUCUUUGGUCCUCUUGAUGCUCAUAUGAGUGAUUUUUGGAACAUGAAGGAUGAGGAAAAUAUUUUUUUCAUCACCUAUGAAGAUCUGAAACGAGAUCUUCCUGGAAUGAUUCGAAAGACUUCGAGUUUUCUUGGGAAGUCUCUCACUGAUCAGCAAGUAAAAAGUCUCGCGGAUCAUCUUUCCUUUGGGAAUAUGGCCAACAAUGAAUCCGUUAACUUUGACGGUCGUCUCGACGCUCUAUCGACUCUUACCAAAGCAGACAGAGAUUCCACCUUCAAGUUUAUGAGAAAGGGGAAAAUUGGCUCAUUCCGUGAAGAAAUGACUCCGGAAAUGAUCUCUAAAUACGAUAAAUGGAUCAAAGAGAGAAAUGCGGAGUUCAAAAGAGAUCCCGAAUUGCUGAAUAUUUUAUUGGCACAAAAAUGA